CUGUUAUAAAGUCAAGUCGUUCAGAAGUUAUCCAUUGCAUAUUCAUACAAUGACAGUUGCCCGGCGAUGCGUCAUCGCAGCUCCUCCACUGCGCACACCUGAAACGCUGCAAGGAGAACCAUUUCUAGAAUAAUCAUAUUUUUGGCUACAAAUAAUCAGGUCAUUUCUUUCUUCUUUUCUUUUUUUAACUCGUAGACUUCCACGGCCAUUUGGAGACAAUUCACCUUUAUGUAAUAAAACAGUCGCCAGCUGUCCGCGCCCCGACCCAGAGGCAUGGCCGGCGGCCCGGCAGCACCGCGCCCCUCCCGCGCAACCAAGAGCUGGCAACUUCGAUCGGACAGUGUUUACUCCAACUCUCCAUUCGAGGCUCGUGCGGUUCCAAGAACAGCCGCUGCUGGAGGAGUCGGGGCUUUGAGCGCCGGGCUGCAGGGGAGGAAGUGACCUGCCGCCUUCCACUCACCACACACACUUGGAGAGAUUAGCGCGCAGGCAGCGGUAAUCUGGUUUCAGCACCACGGCCAGAGACGCCGCCCGGACAUGAGUCCUGUCCAAAGUUGUCUCCGGCUCCACCUGGACCUCAGCGGACACCGACGAGUGUCCAGAAGUUGAUUGUGAACACUGACAAUGUUUGUCCACUCGGUUUUUCCCAAAGGAGGUUGAAGCCAGUUUACACCUCGGAGAAAUCAGCGUUGCUGGCCGCGGGUUUGGCUGCACAGGAGCCUGCGGGGUUGAGGAGUCCAGUGAUCGAGGCAAAAUCAAGUUUCUUUUUCUUUUUUUCUUUUUCUUUUUUUUCUUCUCAAUUGUGUGCGUGAGAACCACGAGGCGCAGGGAGCAGAGGAGGAGGCUGUGCGCUCGGGCGGGAGCGCGCAAAGACUGCACCUUGGUCGGAACCUGGAGUCGUGAGGAUGGAGAUCCGGCCGGACAGGUUUAAGGCCGUGGCAGCCAAGACUCUCGGGAAAAUUUAUGGCGCUCUCGAGAAGAAGCAAGAAAAUGGCGAGACCAUCGAGCUGUCGGCGGAGGGCCGGCCCGAGCUGGUGGAGGAAAAGGAAAUGCCGGUGGUCGACUGCACGUGCUUCGGCCUGCCCAGGCGCUACAUCAUCGCCAUCCUCUCUGGCAUUGGCUUCUGCAUCUCCUUUGGAAUCCGAUGUAACUUGGGCGUGGCCAUCGUCAGCAUGGUCAACAGCCACAAAAUCUUGAGAGACAACAAGGAGGUCAUAGUGCAACCUCAAUUUGACUGGGAUCCGGAAACGGUGGGAAUGAUCCACGGCUCAUUCUUCUGGGGAUACAUAGUGACUCAAAUUCCAGGAGGGUUCAUUUGUCAAAAGUUUGCUGCAAACAGAGUGUUUGGCUUCGCCAUAGUGGCCACAUCUUGCCUGAACAUGCUUAUCCCCGCAGCCGCCCGGAUGCACUUUGGCUGCGUUAUCCUUGUCAGGGUGUUUCAAGGACUUGUGGAGGGGGUUUCAUAUCCUGCCUGUCAUGGUAUUUGGGCAAAAUGGGCCCCUCCUCUGGAAAGAAGUCGUCUUGCGACAACAGCCUUCUGUGGCUCUUAUGCUGGUGCUGUGAUUGCCAUGCCGUUAGCCGGGAUCCUCGUCCAGUACUCGGGAUGGUCAUCGGUCUUCUACGUUUACGGAACUUUUGGGGUCAUGUGGUAUUGCUUCUGGACCCUGGUGUCUUAUGAAAGUCCCGCAGCCCAUCCCACCAUCACUGAGGAGGAGAGGACAUAUAUUGAGGAAAGCAUUGGCCAGACGGCCCAACAUGCAGUGACGAAAUUCAACACCCCGUGGAGGGCUUUCUUCACAUCCAUGCCAGUGUACGCCAUCAUUGUGGCAAAUUUUUGCAGAAGCUGGACUUUCUACUUGCUUCUCAUCAGCCAGCCCGCAUACUUCGAGGAGGUGUUUGGGUUCGAGAUUAGCAAGGUGGGCAUAGUUUCUGCUCUGCCCCAUCUGGUCAUGACCAUCAUUGUGCCCAUUGGUGGCCAGCUUGCCGACUAUUUACGCUCAAACCACAUCAUGACCACCACUAACGUCAGGAAACUAAUGAACUGUGGAGGGUUCGGGAUGGAGGCAACUCUGCUGCUGGUGGUGGGCUUCUCUCACACAAAAGUCUUUGCCAUUACCUUCCUGGUCCUGGCUGUGGGUUUCUCUGGCUUUGCCAUUUCAGGUUUCAACGUCAACCACCUGGACAUCGCGCCACGCUAUGCCAGUAUCCUCAUGGGUAUCUCCAACGGUGUGGGCACUUUGUCUGGUAUGGUUUGCCCACUUAUAGUUGGUGCCAUGACAAAACACAAGACACGGGAGGAGUGGCAGGGUGUGUUUCUUAUUGCCUCAAUUGUACAUUACGGAGGUGUUAUAUUCUAUGGACUUUUUGCAUCCGGAGAGAAGCAAGCUUGGGCCGAGCCAGAGGAGCUGAGCGACGAGAAAUGUGGCAUCCUGGAUGAGGAUGAGCUCGCAAACGAGACAGAGGAGCUAUAUCGCACAAGUGGCGGGGCAGGCUACGGAGCCAUGAACCAGGGGGCAGAUCCCAAUGGAGGCGGCGGCAUGGGAGGAGGAGGAGGAGGCUGGGUGUCAGACUGGGACAAAACUGAGGAGUAUGUACAACCAGCCGGAACCAAUAAUUACCUUUAUGGAGGAGAGGGGGACCGAUAAUUAACGUAAAACCAGCAGGUCCCCUGCACAAAGCCUUUAGUGAGGCAGAAACAGUACAUCAACUGUGUGAAGUUUCACCUGAUGGCAUGGAGAACAUUAUAGGUGUGGAUUUGAAAUGGAAGGCGGGAAGGGACAAUUUUCAGCAAGUCUGAAGUUUAUUAAUAUAACUGAACUGAAUUUAAAGAGACUGCACAGUGGACGUGACGACAUUAGUAGAUAUAAAAUGUAUGUUUGUGUGUGAUUGCAAUUGUGUACCCUGUGUGACAGACAAUCUAAGUAAGAUUGUUUUAGGACCUGUCAGCCUCCCGACAACAUCUGUUGGAGAAGGGCUGUGUUGUAGGCCUGGUGUGGCUCUAAUUGAUGUUUAUUCAUUGUAAUAAUUAUGUCAAAUUUAUAUAUUAAUUGACAGGAUUCCAUUUAUAUUUGAGUCAUUCCAGAUUACAAAUCUUUAUGCGCACAUUGGUAACAAGCGCAUUACUCUUGUUGGGUGAAAUUCAAGGUUGCAGACUUUCUGCAGCUCUUACUAGUGUCUGUAAUGUACCUCCACUGAAUUUCAAGUUUUGUCUUUGAUGUGCACACUUUUAAGAAAAAGCAUUUGACUUGUGCCUAUACAACAAGAUAUUUUGCUGUGUAGUAUUGGUUUACCUAUCCACUGAGAAUGGAAUUGAACACCUGCUAAUAUUUCUGUUUUUCUGUUAAGUCUAAAUAGCCCAUUCUGACUAUUUAUAGAUGCAGGUUUUUGAUGUCCUUGUUAAAAACUGUGAUGUACUAGGCCUCUAACCUGUCUGCCUGCUCACAAACUGGGGAAUAAAAUGUCUCAUAUAGGACUACGGGGAAUGACAUUAUCCAGGGUAAUAACGAUCCUAUAUUAAGUUACUUUCUUAGUUUGGAGCCACUUUUAUUUCUUUUCAGUUGUCAUCAAGACAGUUUUGUAAAUGUUUUACAUGUAGUAUAUUCUGCAUUAACGUUCUAUUAUGUUACUCUUGUGUGCAGGUAAUUCAUGCUCUAAGUGCUAACAUAUUCUCUUUCAGGUAAGGCACUGGGGUCAUGGUAUUAAUGACCGACAAGCUCAACACAUGCCAGUCUCGAGUUGCACCUACUGCUUGCAAGUCUCAGUCAGUCUUCUUAGAAAGGUGAAAUUUCCGCUUUGCUUUAUUCUAUGUUGCAGCAAGCUGAGGACAUGUUAAAUGAUCAGUAAACAUAAGCCAAUUUAACAUAAAUGGCUGAUAUUGUCCAACAACAUUUCACUGUACACAAGCAAUUUCUUAUUUUUUUUCUUAGCAGAUGUUGUUGUGUAUUUAGGUAGCUCCACAGUUAAGGUUGAAUCACCCCCGUGUUAGAUCAUGGGAUGGUACCACUUUUGCUGUUAAUGUUUCAUUGAUUGGAGUUCACUGGUUGAAGAUUAAAUGUUAGGGUUUUUUAUUUUUCAUUUACCUAUUGUUUAAUGUUUUGUUCUGGAUUGUAAAAUAAAACUGUAAAUCUAAAAAUCAUGUACAUGUGCAACAUUGUGUAAUAAAACCUAGAGGUGAUAA